AUGGCCAUCGACGGUGUUCCCAACGGCGUGCUCUCGGGUGACCAGACCCGCAUUCUCUUCGACGACGCGCGUGCCCGCAAGUACGCCAUCCCCGCUAUCAACGUCACCUCGUCGUCGACUGUCAACGCCGCCCUUGAGGCCGCCCGCGACAACAACUCGCCCAUCAUCCUCCAGGUCUCGCAGGGCGGUGCCCACUUCUUCGGCGGCAAGGGCCUUGCCAACGGCAAGGACCAGGCCGGCUCGAUUGCUGGCUCGAUCGCGGCUGCCCACUUCAUCCGUGCCAUCGCCCCCGCGUACAACAUCCCCGUUGUCCUCCACACCGACCACUGCGCCAAGAAGCUCCUUCCCUGGUUCGACGGCAUGCUCGACGCCGACGAGGCCUACUUCGCCAAGAACGGCGUGCCUCUCUUCUCGUCGCACAUGCUUGACCUCUCGGAGGAGAGCAACGAGGAGAACAUUGGCACCUGCGCCAAGUACUUCCAGCGCAUGGCCAAGAUGAACCAGUUCCUCGAGAUGGAGAUCGGCAUCACUGGCGGUGAGGAGGACGGUGUUGACAACACUGGUGUCGACAACGCUGCCCUCUACACCCAGCCCGAGGUCGUCUUUGACGUCUACAAGGCUCUUGCCCCCAUUUCGCCCAACUUCUCGAUCGCCGCCGCGUUCGGCAACGUCCACGGUGUCUACAAGCCUGGAAACGUCAAGCUCCAGCCCGCGCUCCUCGCCGACCACCAGAAGUACGCGGCCAAGCAGCUCCAGGGCAAGGAGGGUGACCUUCCUCUUUACCUUGUCUUCCACGGUGGCUCGGGCUCGAGCGAGGAGGACAUCAGCACCGCUGUCAACAACGGUGUUGUGAAGAUGAACGUCGACACCGACACCCAGUGGGCCUACCUCACCGGCGUCCGCGACUACGUCCUCAACAAGAAGGGCUACCUCAUGACCCAGGUCGGCAACCCCGACGGCGACGACAAGCCCAACAAGAAGUACUACGACCCCCGUGUCUGGAUUCGUGAGGGCGAGAAGACCAUGCACAAGCGUGUCGUCGAGGCGUGCGACGACCUUGGCAACAAGAACCGCCUCUAA